AUGGCAGACACACUACCAGUCAAAGUCACAUACUGUGGAGUAUGCACGCUACCACCAGAAUACUGCGAGUUCGGUGGCACAACGAAGAAGUGUGAAGAAUGGCUAGAGAGCGAGCACCCAGACAUGCACCAGAAGCUAUAUUCGCAAGAAGCGCUCGCGCAGAACCUCUCCACGCUCUCCGUCGAAGCGCAGAAACGCGCCGAAAAAGACGCAGCGAAGAAAGCAACCAAAGCCGCAUCUGCCGAGAAACGCGAGGCCGAGACCCGCGCCUCCUCCAAGAUCACAAUCAAGCGCAUCGAGCGCACCAAGCGCAAGUACGUCACCGCCGUCUCCGGCCUGGAGGCGUUCGGCCUCGAUAUCAAGAAGGUGUCCAAGGACUUUGGCAAGAAGUUCGCCACGGGCGCAAGCGUGACGAAGCUGCCCGGCGGCGGCGAGGAGAUUACGGUCCAGGGUGAUCUGAGCGAGGAUAUUGAGGAGUUUAUUCUCGAAAAGUAUAAGGAUGUCCCUGAGGAUAAUAUUGAGUUGGUCGAGGAUAAGAAGAAGAGCAAAGGCGAGAAGGCCGCGGCAAAUGUGCCUGCACAGUAG